CGGCGCAGACCUGAAACGAGCGAGUGCUCUCCAAACGCAGAGCUCGAUCCAUUGGGAAUGAAUCGUGAGCUGUGGAUACUGAAGUCUCGUUUUCGACACAAGUAGUGUUCCUGUUUUGCUGUGGUGGAUAUUAUUGUUGCAUACUAAGUUUAGGCGUAAGUUGUUCAUUUGGAUUGUAUAGACAAGGUGACACUGAAAUCAACCUGUCGGUGAAGUUUCUUUCCCCACUUCAGCGCCGCGUUUGGAGCGGUUGGAGAUGCUGUGAGAAUGGAGCGCAGCACCAGAGCAGUGCCUCUCUACGGCCAGGCUGAAGUGUGUGUGGGGUUGAAGACUACUGCAGCAGUAGAUCCUGACCCAGAGGGGCCACAGUACUAUGUGGUCUUACAGGGAUCCACCUUAGACCACGUGACCACGGCUCAGAGGACUAGCGAUGGGACAUCUGUGGUUUUUAAGGCACCAGGCCAUAAUGUGGCAGAGAGUGUGUCCGUGGUGGUGUAUGUGUGCCAUGGUGGUGAUGACGAGAUGGCAGAAGUAACCCCCCAACUGUCGCCUGCGGGUGACACACUCUCCCUGAUGUACGAGCGGGACACCGUCCAGGAGGUGGCUGAACUCCUCAUGACCCCUGCUCUCCUGACCUCCAGCAGCUACAGGGACAUCCUGAAGAAGCUCGGCCCAGGAGGAGAGCUCGAGGUUGGGCAGCAUAGAGGCAGAGAUGGGGUUGAUCUGGGGACGUCCAGCAUCCUUCAGGAUACUAAAGACAGGCUGAGAUGUAGUGCGGAAACAUUGGUUGAUGAACAGAACACUGAAGUGACUGAAAUGCUGGGAGGUCAUGAGGAAGCUUCUGGAAAAGACGGGAGUUUAGGAAAAGAAGGAGAUGAAGGUCACAUGAAGGACAAACUGAAGGAUCUGGAUGCUCCAUUGACGUUAGCGGUAGCUAACAUGACCUACCCGUGUGAGUGGAGCAACCUGAGGACCAACCACAAUGAAGACAAAGAUAUCCCCAUGAGAGAGACAGCGCUUCAUGUGGCCGUGCGUCUUGGUCUGCCUCAGCUCUCUCACUUCCUGGUCUGGCAGCCUGGAGGUCAAAAGGUCGCCACCUUGGCCAAUGAGGAGGGCGAUACUCCCCUCUUCCUGGCCCAGAGGAGCGGGGACGACACACUCUUCAAAAUACUCACUCAGCCCCCGGGCACCUCGUGCCUGGCCCCAUGCCCAGUGUCCCUGCUGUGGUCAGACACCUGCAGUGCUCUACGUGGAUGCUCCUCCACCGGCAGCCUCAGUCUCAUCACCACACACACCAGCAACACACACACACGCACAAAUGACAGCAGCACACACACGCAGGUCAUACACACCUACAGGCAGAGGGUGAAGGAGUGGACGCAACUGAAUCAUAUGAGAGGAGAAAAGGAGGAUGACAUGAAGGAGAGAAGAAACACAGAGAACAGUGGAAUACACAGCGGCUGCUCUGGAGAGCUGAGGAAAGGUCUCCUUAUAGAAGACCAGGCCUUUGUCGACAGUGUGUUUGAGGAGCAGCUGGUUCUGUCUCUGGAUGAAGAUGACGAACUAACCCACAUCACGCCAGAGAAUUCUCGCUCUCCGCCGGCCUCCUCCAGGUCAUCCCGCACCCUCACCCACUCCACCGCCUCUGCUGCUGCCCGUCUGACUGCCAUGCUGAACGGGAGGACACAGGUGGAUGAGCAGGAAGUCAAAGUCUCCGUCUCCGGGGUAACCAGCGACAGCACGAGCACCGACAGCAGAGACGGCAGGGAGGCCGCGUCUCCUCCACCGGGCGCCACUGACACACCGCCCCCCUCUGGAGCGGAGGAGAAAAGCGCAGUGGCAUCUCCAUCCCCACCUCCGUCCCCCUCGUCAUGCUCCCCCCUCUCCUCCCCCUCUCCUGCCGACCGGGCCCUGGCCCGCCUCCUGCGCUCCUCGCGCACAGAACCGUCCAAUCAAGCGCAGCUCAGCUCGCCCUCGGGGUCAUGUGACUUCAGUCUCAGUCCGACGUUGGUGGCUUUGGAAGUCGACAGUGAGGAAGAGGAAGAUGAGGUGCUGACGAAGAUGCCCCUCCCACAGAUGCCGUCCGAGACCAAUGGGGAGGAGAGGGAUGAGAGGGACCUCCCCCCCACCUGCACUCGCAGCCUAUCAGCAUCUUCCGCCCAGAGUCCCACCCCCUCCAAGAAUGUCGUUGACCAGGGGGUGCGGCUCCGAUCCUACUCCUACUCCUCUCCAAAGAUCAGCCUACUGCCCCCACGCUUCAGCCGAGACACACACACUCCCGCCGCUGAACAGCCACAAGAUGGCGCCUUCCCCAGCAGCAGUGGCAGCAGGUCUCUGUUGCAGGCUCUGUCUCUGUCUAAAUCUCUUUACCUCCUCCACCCUGGUAAGCACAGAGCAGCCAGCCUCACUGACCAAGCCCAGGAGAAAAGAGAGCGGUUCCGCAGGCGAGCUCAGUCGGCUGAGGAUGAGUCCAGUAUGGAGCUGGCUGACUCCCUACAGCAUCUCACUCUCUCAGAGUUCCUCAAAGAGAUUGAGGAGGAGGAGUGGGACCGCUACAUCAUCCCGUCCAAGAGCGAGUCGGAGAAGUACAAGGUCAGCCGAACCUUCAGCUUCCUGAAGAGCCGCAUGUCCAGCACACGCAACAAGAACAAGGGCAAGGCAAAGGAUCGGGAGGGGAAGGAGAAAGACAGGCAGUCCAACGGACACCUAUUUUCCUCGGGGUCCUGUGCGGGACCCACCGUCUGCCUGGUGUGUGACAAGCCGGCCACUGGCAAGGAGCUGCUGCACUGCUCAAAUUGCACUCUCACGGUCCAUAAAAACUGCCGAGACUCUGCCACACCCUGUCUGAAGAAACUCCAAGAUAAAUAUGCCGUCUCCAACGUGAAGUCCAGAACAGCGUCUCUUCCACAAAACUUCACUGUGCGUGAGAGUAGCAAUGUGAGUCCCAACUCCCCCUCAGCGUCGCUCCCCAUGACGGUAUCCCGUGACAACCGUCGUGACCCCACCCCCCCUGCCAACUCUCUCUCCAGGAGUGUCCCGGGGCCAAAUGAACGCCUUAGCGAGAGUCCGGAGGGAGACAUGGACUCCGCCCUAUGGCGAACCCACAGCCAAUCAGACGAGCUCCUGAAGGCAGAGUCAUCCACCUCUACAGACUCCUCCAUCGUAGAAGACGUGGUGGACUCCCCCUUGCAGAAUGAGCUGGCCAGAGACGCGGCUGACCUGGAGGCGGAGUCAUGGAGCCUGGCGGUCGACGCCCACUUCUGCAAGGGACAGGAGAAGCGCCUCAUCAACAGACAGGACGUCAUUUAUGAGCUGAUGCAGACGGAGCUGCACCACGUGCAGACAUUGUGCGUGAUGGCGGAGAUCUUCAGGCGGGGCCUACGGGAGGAGGUGCAGCUGGACCCCGACGCCAUUGGCCGGAUCUUCCCCUGCCUGGACGAGCUCCUCCCACUGCACCGGGACUUCCUGACCAGCAUGCGCGAGAGGCGGCACGACUCCGGCCAACCAGAGGCAGGAGACAGGAACUACAUCGUACAGCGCAUCGGGGACAUACUGCUGCAACAGUUCUCUGGUGAGAAUGCGGAGAGGAUGAAGCAGGUGUAUGGUCAGUUCUGCAGUCACCACAACGAGGCCGUCAGCUUCUUCAAGGAACUGCAACAGCAGAACAAACGCUUCCAGACUUUUAUCAGACAACAGAGCAGCAACUUGCUGGUGCGUCGGAGGGAGAUCCCAGAAUGCAUCCUGCUUGUGACGCAGCGCAUCACCAAGUACCCAGUGCUGAUAGAGAGGAUCCUGCAGCACACACAAGAGGGCAGCACAGAGCACGCAGAGGUGUCUCGCUCGCUGGUCCUGAUCCGGGAGCUGAUCGCCUCGGUGGACCAGCGCGUGCGUCAGUACGAGCAGGAGGCGCGGCUGCAGGAGGUGCUGACCCGGCUGGAGAACAAGAGCAGCGCCAAGCUGAAGAACGGACACGCCUUCCGCAAGCAGGACAUCCAGGCCCGCGGCCGCACGCUCACGCACCAGGGCACCAUACUGUGGAAGACGGCCACGGGACGCCUGAAAGAUGUGCUGGCGCUGCUGCUGACGGACACUCUCAUCUUCCUCCAGGAGAAGGAUCAGAAGUUCACCUUCGCUGCAGUGGACCAGAAGCCCCCGGUGAUCUCCCUGCAGAAGCUGAUCGUGCGGGAGGUGGCCAAUGAGGAGAGGGGAAUGUUCCUCAUCAGCGCCUCCUCCGCCGGGCCGGAGAUGUACGAGGUCCACACCUCCUCCAAGGAUGACAGGAACGCAUGGAUGAGGCUCAUACGGGAGGCGGUAGAGAGCUGUCCGGAGGAGGAUGAGGAGAUGAGCAGUGAGUCCGAGGAGGAGAAGCGCGUCACUGAAGCCAAGCUGCAGAAGAUUCAGCAGAUACAAGAGUCUCUGACUAGUCAGGACCAGCUAAUCUGUUCCACUCUGGAGGAGAAGCUUCAGAUCUACUCAGAGCUCAGUGCCCUGCAAGGGGGAGUGGCCUCAGACACGGAGCCCCGCCUACUGGUGCGGCCCAACCCAGAGGAGAUCCCUCAGGCCCACGUCCUAUUGGCUGCUGCCCUGAGAGAGGUGGAGGUCCUGAAGGCCACUCUGAGUUCCUGCAGUGACCCCCUCCUCUCCAGCCCCAGUGCCAUCCCCAGCCCUGGCCCUGGCCCUGGCCCUGGCCCCCAGCAGGGCUCCCCCUCAGUACAGCUGACCCCACCUGGGAGCCCCAAGUCCGGCUCAGAGAGGGAGGAGGAGAGGGGGGAGGCUGUGUCCUCUGCUGACCCAGAGACACCAUCACCCUCUCCGGACACGUCAGCCCUGGAGGAGGACCCCUUCAGUACCGCCACCCCCACCCCCAUGGAGGGCUCGCCAAACGUCAACGUGAAGGUGUGCCGGAGUGUGCAGAGUCUGACCCAGUUACUCUACAGUCUCCAGGCGGCGGUCACCAUCCAAGACAGCUGUUUUGAGAUCCAGCGACUCCACCUGUCUUCCUCCACCACCACCACCAACAGCUGUGGUCCCCGCCCCUCUCCUACGGGCACCUCCUCCUCCUCCCUCCACCCUCGCCAGCCCUCCUCUUCCUCCUCCUCCUCCAACACCUCCUCCACCUCCACCUCCACCUCCUCCUCCUCGGGCUGCGUGCGGGGCAGCGCCUUGCAGGAGCAGGAGCGCCAGAGGGAGGCGGAGAAGCGCAGGGAGGAGGUGGCGGCCGUGGCCCGGCUACAGACCUCACUGGCCCAGGAGAGGCAGCAGUGGGAACGAGAGCGCAACGCACGCCAGCUCCAGCAGGAGGAGGCAGAGAGCAGGCUGGAGGCGCGCGAGCAGCAGUGCCACCUAGAGGCGGAACGGCUGCAGCGGGAGCGCGGCGAGCUGGAGGAGCAGCUCCAGGACUACCAGCAGAGCCUGGAGCGUCUGCGGGAGGGCCAGCGCAGCGUGGAGAGGGAGCGCCAGAGGAUCCUCACCCAGGGCAGGCUGCUGGACAGCUGGAGGAACACGCGCAGGACCUCCCCCGGCAACAUGGUCAUACCGCUGGAUAUCAUACAGGACAUGGAUCUCCCUCUGCCAGAGGAUGGUUCGGGUUCGGUGUUUGUGAACGAGGCAGCGUUCCACACGUCCUCCAUCAACAACCGGCACCUUCAUCAUCAUCAACACCAACACCAUCAUCAUCAUCCUCCUCGACAUCCUCCUCCUCCUCAUCUUCAUCAUCGGCCUCCUUUACAUGGCGUCCAGUCCGACCACAACCCUCCCGGACCAUCGCCGGACACACACCUGUCACACACACACAACAACAGCAUAAACUCCCUACUGGACCGCUCCAACCAGCGCCACAGCAACACACACGCUCACACACACUCACACUCAACACUAGGUGGCGUCACCGGAGACGCAUCGGGACAACUUGCGGAACACAGUAGCCAUGAGCUGAACGUGUCCGGCAUCAUCAGAGAGGGCUGGUCGCCGGCGACAACCUUCCCUGGAUACUCCCAUCAUCCCUUCCUGCUGGACCCGUACAUCACCGUGGAAACGGAGGUUGGGGAGGACGGGGUGGAGGAGAACAUUGUGUAUCUCUGACGUCACCAAGGAGCCUGAAGACAACAAGCCUUAAUGGGAGUGAACUGAACUGAACUGAUGGAGGAGGUGGGGGAGGAUGAUCAAGAUGACUCACGUCAACAGACCUUAAUGGAACUUAGCUGAAACAACUGAACUGAGCUGACAUAGUUUGGGGAUAGAGGAGAAUAUUGCAGAUCUCUGUCGUCACCAAGAAGAACCACAACAAGAACCACAGCAAAAACCUACUUACAAGAGAACUCAACAAGCCUUAAUAGAACUGAACUGAACUGAGCUGAACUGAUCAGUUGGUGAAGCAGAUGAAGGCUUGGUUAAAACAAAGGAAUAAGGACCUAGUUGGAAAAUGGACCUAAUAGCUGUCUUUGUCCCACGCUCCCCUUGGACUAUUGUACACUUGGCCUGUGUGGACUGAGAGUGUGGGGACGAGAAUACAAAAGCCUGAGCUGGUCUGCAGGGAGAUUCUAAUGGGAGAAUGAAAGCUUCUACUUGUGUCCCCCACCAGAGGGUAUAGCAGCUUAAUAUGGAGAGCUAAUGGGACAUAUCCCCCACUUGUGGACAAGAGAGCUCGGGGUUUUUCACAGGCUGUGUCCAUUAUUUUAACAAAAAAAGCUGUUGCUAUGUGAACUGAACUGCCAAUCAGAUAAUGCUGUGUUCUUGUAGUUACAUGUUUAUUGGCUGAAAAUGUUUGUCAGGUCAUUCCGGACCACCAUCAUCCUUGCCUGUUAAUUACAUGUUCAUUAUAGGUUAAUUACAGGCCUUUGAGUGUGUGCACAGACUUGGGAGUUGUUUUUGAAGGUUCAUACAGUACAGACUGGCCAUAUAAAUAACUGCAACCAGUAAACAAACAGUUGAAAGUAAGCAUAUGACCAUUAUUCAACACGUAAGCUAGCACACAGUAAUUGGGACAUCGUGGGAGUCAUACAAACACAACAUUAGCGUGUUAGCUAAGGGCCACAAUGCGACUGAAGUGGUGCUGUGCUAACAACACUAGCGCGUUAGUAGACGACCACAGUGGGACUCAAGUGGAGCUGUGCUAAUGACGACACUAGCGUGCUAGCUGAUGCCCCCCCUCCAUUGAAACAGAAUGGAAGCCUCGCUAACGACAUUAGCAGGUUAGUGGCAGCUGAGUCAUGGGCCACAUCAACAGAGCCACCCAGCCAUUGUUUUAUGUGGUGGCAGUAAAGUUUAUGGCGUGUGGUGUGUAAUUGUGUGUGUUGAGCCUGCAGGCACACGCAAGGAGAGUUAAUGAGAGAGAGAGGGAGAGAAAAACGGGAGAAGAGAGGGAGGCAUGGAAGAAAGAAAAGAGAGAUAGAGAGAGAGUAGGGAGAGAAGAGAGGGAGGAAUGAAAGAAAGAAAAGAAAAUAGAGAGAGUGGUAGAGAGAGGAUACGGAGUCAUGAAAGAAAAGAGAGAGAGAGAGCAGGGGGAGGAAAACAGAGAGGCAUGAAAAAAGAAAAGAAAAGAGAGAGAGAACAACAGAGAGGGUAAGACAAAGAAAAGAAAAGACAAAGAACAACAGAGAGAGAAGGUAAGACAAAGAGGCAUGAAAGAGAGAAGAGAGAAAAGAGAGAGAGAGGAACAGAGGAAGGGGUGGUGCUGUUUAAUCUAAGGGGUAAUGCAGGCAGACAUUAGUGAAUGAAGGAUGAAAGGAAGCAGAGCUUUGAUGAGUUCCAUGCUGAAAUUUAGUUUCAUCCUCAACCAUUACGGCCUACAAUUCAAAGUAGCAGUGAGCGUGUGUGUGUGCGUGUGUGUGUGCGUGUGCGUGUGUGUGUGUGUGUGUCAGGAAAUGACUGAAAUAAAACAACCUGAUUUUGUCACUGACGCAUAUUGUCCACCCUUGACCAGAGCUACACACACACACACACGCGCACUUGCACACACACACAUGUGUGCACACACACACAUGUGUACACACACGCGCACACUCGCACACACAUCUAACACAGUGUGUGCCUCUUAGCUACUGGCAGUGAUUGGUGGAGCCUGGGUGAUUCAUUGACGAACACACACACACACACACACACACACACACACACACACACACACACACACACACACACACACACACACACACACACACACACGCACACACGCACACACGCACACACAGAUGCGCAAGCACACAAACCAAACACACAGUGGCUGAUGGCGCCUGUGUGAUUCAGGGCUAGUUUGAGGUAUCAAACAUCGCAGCCCGAGACACACACAGGGGAAAUCAGAUUUAUAAACCAAAUCAACGCUGCUCAGGCAUUCUAGAAAGUUCCCGAAGGCUGAAAUUCGAGCGCGUCUGUCAUUUGGAAGGGUCGUUACGUUGAAAUGAAUGAUUCCAGUGUGCUGCUGUGGUGUUAUUUCUUCCUUUGUGUGAUUCCUCCACUGUGGCGAAGCACUUUAAAUGUCUCACUUUGUGUUUGGAGCCCCUACCAGCACUGCAAUUGAUUGGCAGAUCCAGGUUAGCUAACCGAAUAUACAUGUAAAAAAACAUGGGCGCGCGUGCACACGCACACACACAUGUACAAACACACACACACGCACGCACACACACACACACACAUUUUUAUUAGCAUGUACACAGACACAGACAUACACACAGAGACAUAUACACAGACACAGAGAUACAGACAUGCGUGCACACACACACACACACACACACACACACACACACACACACACACACACACACACACACACACACACACACACACACACACACACACACACAAAAAAACACACACACACACACACACACGAACAAUGGUGCGCUUUUGUCAGUUUGAAAGCACUUCAGUUCAGGCCUUUUCACCUCCUAGCUGUCAUGAUUUAGACCAUAUCUGUCAAAAUCACUGACAAUGGUAUCCCAAGACAGUUGCAGAAGAAGUCUCAAUUUGGGCUCUGGUUUUGUUCCAUUGUGCUUGGUUUUUUUUUUUUUUUACUUUUCUUUCACUAACUCAAUUUUGUUUUCUUUUAGAUUUUGUCUUUCGAUUUUCACUGACACAUGUCACUGUGGAAUCACUGGCAUCCUCCCUCUGAUCUGAAAUGUAUUAGCAUGUACACACCCACACAGACCUACACAGAGACAUAGGUACACAGACACAGACACAGACACACAGAUACAGACACG